CCCCGUGCGUCUAGUCUAUUUAUUGUCGCGGGGGAAGCGGCGGCCGCCCUGUACCCGGAACAACAAAGCGAGAAACCGAGCUCGAGCCUUUGGGGGCUCCUAGCAACGGGCCUGGGCGGGAGUUCCAUGGAGACUGGGGAGCGGACCCGUUUUAUCUUCAUCCUUGUCCUCCAGCUUCUUCUCCGCGUCCGACGCAACCAGCAGCAGCGCUGCCGCCGUGUCCUUUACGACCGCCCCGUCUUCCCACGUAUUUGACCUUCCCUUGGCCAUGCAUAUGACCACAGUUUACAGAAGAGGAGCUGAAGACUUGGAGAAAGCUAGGUGACUGAUCACUCCACAGAGUUAAGGCCAGCUCCACAGCCAGAGCCCUCUUCUGUAGUUUAUGCUACUUCUCAGAGGAUGUGAUCUUCGUGGUGGGAAACCAAGUUUCUAAACUACCCCAAUGGAUGCAGACAGUGAUGUUGCAUUGGACAUUUUAAUUACAAAUGUAGUCUGUGUUUUUAGAACACGAUGCCAUUUGAACUUAAGGAAGAUUGCUUUGGAGGGAGCAAAUGUAAUUUAUAAGCGUGAUGUUGGGAAAGUAUUAAUGAAGCUUAGAAAACCUAGAAUUACAGCUACAAUUUGGUCCUCAGGAAAAAUUAUUUGCACUGGAGCAACAAGUGAAGAAGAAGCUAAAUUUGGUGCCAGACGUUUAGCCCGUAGUCUGCAGAAACUAGGUUUUCAGGUCAUCUUCACAGACUUUAAGGUGGUGAAUGUUUUGGCAGUGUGUAACAUGCCCUUUGAGAUCCGUUUGCCAGAAUUUACAAAGAACAAUAGACCUCAUGCCAGCUAUGAACCUGAACUUCAUCCUGCCGUGUGCUAUCGGAUAAAGUCUCUAAGAGCUACAUUACAGAUAUUUUCAACAGGAAGUAUCACAGUGACAGGGCCCAAUGUAAAGGCUGUGGCGACUGCCGUGGAACAGAUCUACCCGUUCGUGUUUGAAAGCAGGAAGGAGAUUUUAUAACUCAAACUUGGUUGGUUAGUCUCCACCUGAGCACCGUUUGAGACCUGCUGCACAUUGGACUCAAAACACAAGGAAAACUGGACCAACAGUGACCGAGGACAGACUCGGACUCACCGCUGCAGUGUAAGCUCCAGUCCCUUUGGAUUUUACUUCAAAGUUUGCUGUAAUAUAAAAAGGAAGUUUACAAGACAUGACAUUGCUGCUUUUACAAAAGGACGUUCUAUUUAUUUUCGCAGUAAUCUCCAUGUCCCACAGGCAGAGCUGUCGCAGUGUGCACUUCCCGACAGUUGUUUUAUUGAUGUCAUUAUUUUUCCAGUUGGAGCUAAUGUGUUUGAUUUGUGAAUAGUCUUUUACAUUUUUGUAUGCUGAAUAUGGGCACCAAAGAACCUGUAAACGUUAUCUUUUUAAGUUGAAUGUGCACAAAUAAAAGUUUGGAAAAGAUCUCUCUUCAUAUCCAUUCUGUAACUUUUAGUCACCAUUUUUUCUUUUAAACAACUGUAUUCAUAAUUUUUUUAAAAUCUAUGCAGGCUUAGACUUUGGCUAAAGUGUGUGGGCUUCUUUUUGAAGUGAGUUUGUAUAUAUUUGUGUGUAUGCUACAUGUAUAUAGUAUCUUUUCAUGCUCUGUUACCAAAUAUCAAUUAGAAUUUUCUCCUCCCAGAUUGGAAGUAAAAACCAUGUAUAUAAGCUCUAGGUAACUAGGGUAGACCUCCACAGGUAAAUGAUAAUGUUUGUGUUACUAAUUUAAUAUGAUAGAAAAUGUUAAAUGCGUUUUAAAAGCUAAGAGGUUGUAGUUUUGAAGAGAGGCCUUUUCCUGUCUAGGUGGAUCUGCAGUAGCCCUGUAACCCUUGUUAUUCUGGAAAGCUGGCUGUAGAUGAAGGAGCCAGCAGGGGUUCUUAUCUACCCUUAGGUCAGUGCUCAAGGCUAUGCUGGUCUUGUCAGAAAUUGACUGACAUUGUGUUUUAAUAAGAAGUGGCUCGACUUGACCCAAAGCCUCUGGCAAGCUCGUCUCUGUCCUCGCCGUGUCUGAGUAUUGCACGUGAAGGGUGACUGGAGGAUUAAGAGAGGCCACUCUUAAACUUCAGUUCCAUGAGACAGGGCCUCGGCCGUGCAUGGGCUCUGGGUGGAAAGGCAUGGUCGGGCAGGUGCUUAGUGUAGCCAGGAGUGGCUUUACCUACCAAUAAGCUAGGUGGAGUCAAACCGUAGACUCUCUGUACAGACGAAACUAUUUCCCAUCAAGCUCUGACUUACUGUUGUAUUUUUGAAAUGUUUGCAAAGGCUUGUGACAUGUGCACCAUAUUACAGACCUUCCAAGGCUAACUUAAGCACUGGCUGGGCAGUGCAUAAAUAAGAGUCUGUGUUCAGUUCUGGUUUCUUAAAGCCUUCUCAUCCCCUGCCCCUCAGCUCCUUCAGAACGAGGGAGCAAAGGUGAGCUUCGCACUUGCUUUUCCCAUAAUUCAUUGUGAGUUUUUAAAGCCUUCAAUUUCUUAAAAAUUGUUUUUAUAUUUGGGUUUUGGUUUUGGUUGU